AUGUCGCCGGCCCUCGCCGCCAGCCUGCUCUCCCUCCUCUCCGUGGCUCUGCAGGGGAGCCCCCAUGCUCUCCCACCCAACUUCUCCCUGGUGAACGCCAGCGCGACAGGCCUGGAUUCAGCUCAGCUGCGGGGCACCGCCCCGAGUCAUCCCCUGGAGCACGGGGUCCUACGUCACAAAGAAUUGCACCUCGUGGGGCCUGAGGAGAAGGGACCGGUGUGCGGACGCCCACACGUGUCAGGCCGCAUCGUGUCGGGGCAGAAUGCCCAGCCGGGCCAGUGGCCGUGGCAGGUCAGCCUGAGGGAGCACGGACAGCACGUGUGCGGGGGCUCCCUGAUCACCGAGGCCUGGGUGCUGACUGCAGCCCACUGCUUCGACCAGCACACUGAUCCCUUUGAGUGGUCCGUGCAGUUUGGCGAGCUGUCUGCCUCACCGUCUAUCUGGAAUCUGGAGGCCUACUACAACCGGUACCAGGUGGAGGAGAUCAUUUUGAACCCCAUGUAUCUGGGGGCUUCAUCCCCUGACAUCGCCCUGCUGAAGCUGUCCUCCUCCGUCACCUACAAUAAGUACAUCCACCCCGUCUGUGUUGCGGCCUCUUCCUCGGAGUUCCAGAACCAGACUGACUGCUGGGUGACGGGCUGGGGGCACAUCGGAGAAGAUCAAGUGCUGCCAGCCCCCUACCUCCUCCAGGAAGUACAGGUCGGCAUCAUCAACACCACCAUGUGUAACUACCUGUACACACAGCCCCUGGUCCGCUACGACAUCUGGGGGGACAUGGUGUGCGCUGGCGAUUCCCAAGGAGGCAAGGAUUCCUGCUUCGGUGACUCCGGUGGCCCCUUGGCCUGCGAAAAGAGAGGUGUGUGGAUUCAGGUUGGCAUCGUGAGCUGGGGAUCGGGCUGCGGUAGACCCAACCGGCCCGGGGUCUACACCAAUGUCAGUAGGCACUUCAACUGGAUCCGGAUGCUGGUGGCCCGCGGCAGCACUCACAGGCCGGAGCCCCCUCGGCUGCUCCUGCCCCUCGCUGGGCUCUGGGCCGGGCUCCCGCAGCCGGCCUGA